AUGGUUCAAUUGUUGUUGUAUGGCCUUUCCGAUUCGGGGUUAUCAACUCUUUUUCAUCUCUUUCAACUCAUUCCUCAUACCACUCCAUUGGUGGAGUCAUCACCAAGUAUUAAUCAUGGUGAUGGUGAUGGAAGAGGUGUAACAGUAAUGGGAUCACAUGGCUCAACAACUUUGAAAUCUAUACCACAAAGUUCAAAUGUUUCUUCUUCUCCAUCAUCAUCAAGUCUCCGAUCUUCUCCAAUGAAUAUUCCUAAUCAUCAUCGACCAUAUCAACAACAACAACCACCGACCAAUAAUGAAGAGGUGAGCACAAGUUCAAAACCUUUCAGUUUUUCGUCCUCCUCCAAUUCUCUUCCAUCAUCAUCUUCUUCCGUGGCAUCCACCGUUUCCUCCUUUGUAGCAUCUCCUUCUUCCGUUCAUCUCCAUCAUCAUCAAAUCCACAACAACAACAACCACAAUAAUACCAAUGAUGACUCCAACAGCCAUUAUUAUUCAACACACACGAACAAUCCUUCUCCAGGGCCACCACUCUCUUCAUCUUCUCUCACGCGUACUUUUGAUUUCUCAACUGCUACUCCCAGCGAUCCUUCUGCACCCUCAGCAACCACAUCUUCUCGUUCAAAGCCUUUGCCUCGUUUGCCAUUGUUUGCUCGGAAACAUCCAUUGCCACCCGCUCGAAGAAGAUCCUCCGACCACUUCUUUCCCAUUCACUACUUUCUCAUGAGAAGACAUGCCUUCUCUAAUGCUGUUCUUAAGGCUCUACCCUUUGAGUUACUUUCUCAAAUAUUUGUGUGUUUUCGUGUAUUAAUUCAUGAUGCCGAAGCAAAAGGCUAUCUCUACAAAACAGAAGAAGAAUUUCAUCAAUUCCUCAAACAAUUUACAAAUUUAGACAAAUUGAAAAACCCAUCCCAUCCAUCGAGCUCUUUAUCUCACACCUCAAAGUCCGAAAAACCUUCACUCUAUUGCGAAUAUUGCCAUGCCAUGGCAACUGAGAAGGCACUCGUGGUCAUGAAGGAAGGAAAACUCUCUUGCAAACAACUGAAAUGGAGACUCGACAAGACGGAAGACAUUUUGUCUCGAAUGAAAAAGAUUCACCAGCCUCAACAGUUGGUGAGUGCACAACGAUUGAGAAUUGAGUUUCUCAAUGACUGCAAAGAAUUGUGGGACAAUCAUUUGGGUCUUCAACAUACCUUCCAUUCAUAUACGUUAUUUGCGAGCACUGCUGGCAGUAACAGGUUUCUCUUUCCAAAGGAGGAUCAGUAUCUACGUGAAGUGGCUUCCCACAUUGGAAAUGCCUUCUCAGCCUUUCCUUCCAUUAUGGAAUACAUGGUGAGUCAAUAUUUGUUAAAGAUGCCAUCGAAUAUGUUUGGCCAUGUUGUGGUCAACGAUGGAACUUUAGAUAAUUCUUCUCAAUAUUUAGGUGAAGAUAUUGCACAUGUUCCACUUCAACUGCCCACUGAAGCCAUUGCUCUCAUUAACACGAUGAACAUAUCUCCAGUGGUUGUAGAAAACCAAUCUAUUCAAUCUUCCAUGACAGAUUACAAAUUCAAAUUCAAUUUACCACCACUUUCACAGAUUUCUUCGAGUGCCUCACCAAAUCCAUUGUUGUCGUCCUUAUCAUCCUCAUCGACGAUGGCUUCUGAUCACACAAGUUGCCAAGACAAUCCCUCAGCAACAACAACCAUCUUGAUCACCCCUCAAGAAACUCCAACCCUACCCAACCAACAACAACAGAGGCCACAAGAAGAACAUAAGAAACGAUCGUUGGCAGUGUUGUCUUGCUCUUUUACAACAAAUGCUCACACAGAUUAUUUCAAAUCUGACUCCACAUUACUGUUCUCUGUAAAUUCACAUUUAUAUAACGCAUUGGCUGGAAAUCAUAGAGGCUCUGCAACCCAAGAAGUGGUAGCAGCAGUAAGACCUCUUGUUCUCGACAAGAUUCAAGAACAAAACCAGUCGUGGAAGAAAAGAAAGAACCACUUUCGAGUCCUCGUCGAUUACUUAGUUUCUUAA